AUGGAAAGACUGAAAAAGAGCCUUGCCAUCGAAUUUGAAGUGAAAGAUCUGGGAACAAUGCGGUACUUCUUGGGAAUGGAGAUUGCAAGAUCGAGAAAGGGCUUUAGUGUCCCACAGCGAAAAUAUAUUCUUGAUCUUCUAAUCGAAACUGGCAUGUUAGGAUGCAAGUCAAGUGACACACCCAUGGAAGCGGGAAAGAAAUCUGAAGACGUUGGGGAACCAAUGGAAACAGACAGGGCUCCUCAGGAAAAAGGACUAUUUUUCAAGAAGAGUGAAAGAAAGGAAGUUGAAGUCUUCACAGAUACAGAUUGGGCAGGUUCAGUAAAAGAUAGGAGAUCAACUACUGGGUAUUGUACCUAUGUAUGGGGAAACCUUGUAACUUGGAAAAACAAGAAACAAAGUGUAGUAGCAAGAAGCAGUACUGAAGCUGAGUUUAUAGCUAUUGCACAAGGAAUAUGCGAAGGACUAUAG